CCGCGCGGAGGGAGCCGGCUCAGGGCCCCGGGAGCCGUGGAGAAUUUUGAGCAAAAAAGAAACAUGAUCUGAGUGAGGCUUUGAAAAAUCCGGCAAAGAUAGUUUAGCAGAAGAUCAGACUAUAGUGGGUGAGGAAAACAUUGAGGCAGAGGAAAGUUGAGUUGUAUUCCAAGGACACACAACGGGCAAGGGGCAGCACAGAGAUUAGACAGUCCACCCGAGGUUACCUGGCUCUGGGGCCUGGCAAGAGUAGGGGGAAGGCCAGAGCCCGUGGAGCACGGCCAUGGUCACAUCCCUCUAAGACCUGCCUCUUCCCACAGGUUUCCGUGGCUGCAGAAGUGCUUGUGGACAGGUAAGUGGAAGGUUGUCCCAGUCCUUCACUAGUCCUAUCCCAUAUUUUCUCCAGAUUUGUGGUGUCAUGAGACUCUUCACCUGCUGCUCUCCCAGCCCUUGGGAUUGAGGACCCCAGAGGAUCCCCAAGCUCAGGGUCCUGAGUCUAGGCCAGGGGUUAUGUGUUGUGGUUCCCCUUUGGGGCCAUCAAUGGGAAGAGGUGUGGAAGCUUAUCACAAGAACAGGUACCAGUAAGUGGAACUGCUGGAGGUGAGGCGGAGCUGGUUCAGGGAAUUGCAGGUCCCUUUUCUUUCUGGGAAGUGUGACCCUUGAGGAUGUGGCCCUAUAUUUCUCCUGGGAGGAAUGGGAUCUCCUUAAUGAGGCUCAGAGACGUCUGUAGCACGAUGUGAUGCUGGAGAACCUUGCACUUACAUCCUCGUUGGGAUUUGGAUCUUCCAGGCACCAUGCGGUUGGUUAGCUGGGGCAAGGGGAAGAGUCCUCUAUGCUUCACAGGAUGGCCGUGAUUCCAGUCUCAACAAGAUGUGCUCACAAGGGGCGUGACCCAGGUGAAUGGUGAUUGGGAGAGGACAUGACGUCAGGAUUGUAUUCACAACAUCCCAGGAACCUGUCCUACUUGACUUGUAUUCAGUGCCACUGCCAGUGGCUAUACCUCACUUUUACCUUCUCUUUUCCAUUCUUGACACUGUUGCAACUAGUCAUUUCUGCUAGUCAUUUUUAUUCUGAUUCCAGCUCAGGGCUAAUCCCCAUUCUCUGGACUGCUUAUCUCGCUCCUCACACUGCUGCCUCCACAGUGCUUUCCAACAUUGUUGUGUCCUGAAGUGUGCAUAUGUCUUUGAACACUAGUUACUUUGUUCCAGUCAGAUUUUCCUGGGCCUGGAUGUAGACUUCUGCACAGCAUCACAUGUUACGAGCACACAUAAAGCUGCUAAAAACUGUUGACAGAAAAAUGAGUUGUAGAACGUGCCUUUCACCCUGGGCCACACCCUUGUCUUGUGUCCUGUGCUGGGUAGGCCUGUCCAGUUCUGUGACCUUAGGGACCCAGUAGUGCAUAACAGCUGCUUCCCCAAACAGACCUGAACUCCAUUUUACUGAAAACAGUCAUGCGCUCUGGUCCUUGAACCUGUCACGUGUGCAUUUGUGAUGGUUCUACCCCCUCCCAAUAAAGUCAAUAUGUCCUUCACCGUCACUUCUUUGCUUUCAAGUUGUUGGCAUGGAAUGAAAGAUGAAGCACCUUCUGAACAGAGCAUUUCUGUACAAGCAGUGUCACAGAUCAGGACUCUUAAGGCAGAUUGGUCUUCCCAGAAAGCCCACACCUUUGAGAUGUGUGCCCCAAUCUUAGACAUUUUGCGUUUAGCUGUGCACCAGGGCACGUAUCUUGGGCAGAAAACAUGCACAUGUGGGAAACAGUUCUUUGUUACUGCCAGCCUUCAACAGGGGCAGCACAAGAAACCCGACAGAAGUAACGUGGGCAGAGCAUCGUUUAUAAAGGGCUACACAGUCCAUGCAUCAGGGAAAUCCGUUACAUGUGAGGAGAUUGGGAAAGACUUUUUAGCCAGCAUGGGAUUUAUCUAUCAACAGCUCACUUACACCAAGGAGAAGCCAAACAAUAGUAACACGUGUGAGUCUGUCUUUCACUGUGGAAAAAGUCAUCACAACUGGGGAGAAUGCAAGAAAACCUUCAGCUGCACAGACACACUUGUUCAGGACCAGAGAGUCCUUGCUAGACUCUUUGGGCUUUAUGAGCUCAACAAAUGUGGGAAAGCCUGCACCAGAAGACGUAACCUCACUCAGCACCAGGAAGUUCACAGUGAAGAAAGGCCUUAUGAAUGCAAUGAAUGUGGUAAAUGCUUUACUUACUACUCCAGCUUAAUUAUACAUCAGAGAGUUCAAACUGGAGAAAGGCCUUAUGCAUGUGGUGAAUGUGGGAAGUCCUUUAGCCAAAGCUACAGCCUCAGUAGCCAUAGGAAAGUUCAUACUGGAGAAAAGCCUUAUGAGUGCAAGGAAUGUGGGAAAUUUUUUAGCUAAAAGUCCAACCUCAUUCAGCAUCAGAAAGUUCACACUGGAGAAAGGCCUUAUGAGUGUAGCGAAUGUGGGAAAUUCUUUAAGCAAAGCUCUAGCUUCGGUUCACAUCGGAAACUCCAUACAGGAGAAAGGCCUUAUGAAUGUGGGGAAUGUGGAAUAUCUUUCAGUCAUAGCUCUAACCUCAAGGACCAUUGGAGAGUUCACACUGGAGAAAGACCUAUUGAGUGCAGUGAAUGUGGGAAAUCUUUUAGUUGCGAAUCUAACCUUGUUAAACACCGGAGAGUUCACACUGGAGAAAGGCCUUAUGAGUGUGGAGAGUGUGGAAAAUCCUUUAGCCAUAGCUCCACCCUCAUUCCACACCAGAGAGUUCACACUGGAAAAAUGCCUUAUGAGUGCAGUGAAUGUGGGAAAUCCUUUAGCUGCAAAUCUGACCUCAUUCGAUACCAGAGACUUCACGCUAGAGAAAGCCUUAGAUGUACAGAAGGUAUUCAGUUUCCUUUUAAUGUAAUUAAGAUGGAGGAACUUGUGAGGGAGUCAUCUUCCUGAAUUAAAGAGAAUCCAUUCAAAAAUUGUCAGUAGGGAGAUUCUCCUUAAGUUCCAGACAUGGGAAUCUUUAAGGAGCUGUGUUCAACUUUCCAACCUGCCCAGGCCCCUUGCCGGAUUUAUGUCACUGCCAGUUACUAUGGCAGAAUUCAUUCCACCUCUGCCACCUGACAGGUCCACACCUGGUGGUGGUCCACCUCUGCCACCUGACAGGUCCACACCUGACCACACCUUGUCAGGUGUGCAUUGGUUACCACCCCAGUAUGCUCAGGGAAACUGGCCUCUAUUUCCUCCUCACUUGCUGGAGGAUAUUCUGAGUUCUGCUGGUGACUUGUCAAUAAUGACUACAUUUUCAAGGACAUGUCUGUUUCAUGUGACACUUAUCUUGGAUUUCCUAGCACCCAAGGCAACAACCUGGGAACUGCCUGCCUUGUAUUUCUUUGGUUUUUGCAGUAACAAAAGCAUUAUUGUUUAUGCCACCUUUGAUCUUGGCGUUCUAUUCACUGUGUGAGAUGUUUUGAAAACAGUUGGGCUCUGUCAGCAUUAAGGAGUGAACAGCUUUUGUGGGGGUCCAAUGCUUUGUGUGCCUCAGAGACAACAGUAUGAUGGAAGAAUAUACCACUCUUUCCAGUUUUUGGCCUCAUUUACAUUAUUGCUCAAGAUCUCCUAGGAAAGACUGCAGGGCUUUGUGGUCCUAAUUUGUGGACUGGGUGUCAGGAUUUCUGGGCUCAGAGAACACCCUGGGGAGUCAGGAAGUUGUGACAACCUCCACUGCUUCUGGGAACAACAUGAAUUGUUUUUCUUGUUCACAGUAGAUGUUGUAAACAAUCAGCAAUAUUGAGGGGAAUCUCUACCUGAGGUCCUACAAGGGAGCCAUGUGUCCUGAUACCCAGAAUUCACUAGGUUAGUGUCACUAUGAGACUACAGGGCACUGGGGGAAGCCUAAUUUGGUACAGUAACACUGGAGUGGAGGAGACUGCAGCUAUACAGAUGGAAUGUCCCUUCUAAUGUAUCAAUAAAGAGUCCAGUGACUGACUGAAGUAUCACUGCGCAGAAAUUCUUGGGACCUCCAGGCAUAUAUAUCUUUUGUAGUUGAGGUCAUUGUCAAAGAAAACGCUAUUGAUUUUGUGAAUUCCCUUAGCCUUUCUGGGAUGUUCACCAAAAGUCCAUUGCCACACAGGCAGGAAAACAAGCAUAGAUUGAAAUGAGAUCCCUUAGUCCAGCAGUGUGGUUCUGUGACCUGGACAGCAUUCCUGUUGAGUCAGGUGGAAAUGGACUUUGUUCUUUAUCAAUAUUUGCCACCACUAAGGCAAGGCUGCUCCUUGAAGAUCAUCAGGAAAGAGAGUCAAUAUAGAAUUAUCAAACCUUAUUUUCUGAAGAGAGUAGGAGAUCUAGAUUUUUCUAUUGAACUAUUUUGUAAAGUUUUAUUCAGAUAUAGUUGACAUGCAACAUACUGCGUCUAUUUGAAGUGUACAAUUUGUUUAAUUUUGAUAUACAUAAAUAAGCCUAUGAAACCUCCUAAUCAUGAUAAUGAAUAUGGCCAUCACCCCUAGUGUAAUCUCAUGCCAUUUUAUAACCUUUCCCCUCUGCAGACCUCUAGGCAACCAUUGAUUUACCUUCAUUUGUAAUAGAUUAGUUUGUAUUUUCAAGAAUUUUAUGUGAUUUGAUUCAUAAAGUAUCUUUUUCUGGUUUCACUCAUGGUUCAUAAUUAUUUUGAGAUUCUUCAAUGAUGCUUAUUUGAGUAGUUAAUUCUU